UGAUAGGGAUCUACCUUUUAGAUUAAUAAUAGAUAAUAAUUCUAAUAUGAAUACUAGAAGAAUAGAUACUGUUUAGUGGGCCUGGUAGUUUUGGGCCUAUUAUUAUAAAGAAUACUAAGAGGGCUUAUACUAUAAAUAGAAAAGGGGAGGAAGGCAUAAGGUAGGCUUUUAGAGGAUUAGUCUUGGGACUGGGAAAGAUCGGAGACAAAACAUCUCUAUCUUUUGGGGCUUCGGCUUUGGGGGCUUCGCCAGUGUCUUCUCCUGUAAUCGAUCACUUUCAUCAAUAAAUUUUCAGUUGAUUUCUUGUUAAUUUUCUGUAAUUGUUCUGGAAUUCUGGAGGUUCUUAUCAUUGGUAUCAGAGAAAAACGAUCUUGUUACCUGUAGGAACGAUGGAAAAUUGGGAGCGCAAUUUAGAGAAGAUGAACGAAGAUACCAGACGGAUUUGUGAAGAGAGGCGCAAAUUAAGCUUGCAAAGAAACAAUAGGUGUUCUGAUAAACCAUCGCCGUCGCUCAACAAGUCGCAGAAGCAAUCGCUGAGAGAAUCGCGAACUGGUUCGCACUCGCGAAAGGCUUCGCGCGAAAAAAUUGAGAAAGAGAAACGCGUUAAAAUGGAGAAAGAGAAGCGCGAAAAAAUGGAGAAAGAGAAGCCCGAAAAAAUGGAGAAAGAGAAGCGCAAAAAGAUGGAGAAAGAUAAGCGCGAAAAAGUGGAGAAAAAGAAGAGCGAAAAAGUGGAGAAAAAGAAGAGUGAAAAAGUGGAGAAGGAAAAGCCUUCAAACCUGGAGAAGGGGAAGCCCAAGUUGAGGCAACAUCGUAGGCGAGGAAGGUCGAGGAAGGUACGUCGCUGCCUGAAUUCGAAAAGCAAAGGUCCAUCUAAUUCGCAAGAUAUUUCCUUCAGUCCUCUGGCUUUGACGGAAGCAGAAGUUCCUACUUGGCAGGUUUCUUCACUCACCAUAUCUCACAUCUCAUCAUCUUUUAUACCUUCAGUUAAGGGGACAGACUUUGAAGAGGAGGUUAAUCAACCUAAGGAAAUGUCAUCAAUUGUUCACCCUGCUCAAGAUUUUCCCCAGACUAUAAAGAAUAUCGUGCUGAAGCCAGCUGAAUCUGCAAUCAAGAAAACAAAUGAGGAUAAAAUCAAGGAACAAUCUGAAAUUGCUGGUGUAUUAAAGUCUGAAAUGGUUCUUCAGGUAUGCGAUGUUUCUUAUCAUCUUGCACAGAAGUGGAAUUGGCCAAAUAUCUUCAAGAUUGAAAGGAUGUGUUGUCCUUCUUUAAACACGACUUUGGAAGGAAUGAAGUCACUUAACAAGUUUGAUAGUUUAAGAUGUGAGGGUUUUACUUUUAUAAAGUAUAUUCUAAAUGCGUUGGGGGUAGGAGUGACUCCAAAUUGGAAAGGAAAGGAGGAUUAUACUACUGAUUAUAAGGUUGACCAGUUUCUGUUGCCUAAAAAUGAAAAUAGUCCUGCUAUCUUCCAAGAGGCAUGGAUUAUUCUUCAAAAACUAAGGAGUACACCAAUAGCUUGUAGUCCUGUUCAAAAAGGAUGUGAAGAUUUGAAUUAUAGACUUCAGAUGGCAAUUGUUGUUCAUGGGAUCAAGAUAUUCAGGACUUCAGAGAGGGAUUGGGAAAUAGUUGACAGUCAUGACCAAACCAUUAAGGGUGAAGGUGUUGUACUAUUCCGGGGCAACUUAGCAAGAAUAAAGGGGAUGACAGUGGAUAAAAUCAGUGUGGCCCUUGAUCCUACUACCCAGGCUAAUGUUAAUGGAUUGGAAGCUGAGGCAACUGGACAGGUGAAACUGAAACAAGGCUUGAAAAGUGCAAUGUUUUCUUCUGACGAAGAAUAUGUCUACAUUCAAGAAAACCAACUUUGGAAGUUUUACAUGGAUAAUAGGAGUUCCUGUUCCUUAGUUAGGAGAACUGCAACUGGAAUAAGGGGUAUCCUUACUUACCUGCUAAAACCUUUGAGGCUUUCCUUCUCAAAUAAGGUAAGCAAAGAAUUAAAAGAGGAAAAGGUUGAAAGAUGCAUAAAGGAGUUUGAAUUCAGCACAGUAAUAGUUUCAGAACAUAGAAAUCAUGAAGGGAAGCAGAAAAGUGAAGUAAUAAUUUUGGAUAUGGAGCGGGGAGAGAUGACUGAACCAAUUGGAGAUUCACUUUCUGUUGCUGAAAGUUCUGUGAUUUCAAAAGAUCUCGUACUGAAGUCCCUAGUCCAUCAAACAGUUAGAUAUUGGGAAGGGAGAGGAACCAGGAAGAGGAAGAUGAAGCAGAAGAUUUUUGCUUUCUCCUAUUACCCACCUUGAGGACAAGGUGGAUGUUUUGGGGGGGAAGUAUUGAUAGGGAUCUACCUUUUAGAUUAAUAAUAGAUAAUAAUUCUAAUAUGAAUACUAGAAGAAUAGAUACUGUUUAGUGGGCCUGGUAGUUUUGGGCCUAUUAUUAUAAAGAAUACUAAGAGGGCUUAUACUAUAAAUAGAAAAGGGGAGGAAGGCAUAAGGUAGGGCUUUUAGAGGAUUAGUCUUGGGACUGGGAAAGAUCGGAGACAAAACAUCUCUAUCUUUUGGGGCUUCGGCUUUGGGGGCUUCGGCCAGUGUCUUCUCCUGUAAUCGAUCACUUUCAUCAAUAAAUUUUCAGUUGAUUUCUUG